AUGGGUCAGGUUUACGUCCUUAUGGAAUCUACGCAUUUGACUGGACCUCGAUCGAAUUGGGCAUUGCUAGCAGUUGCUUGUCCUGCUCGAGCAAUAGCACUUUUGUUCGUGUCGCCAAUUUUGACCCACAAGGUCUUCCAUAAGUGGUGUGGAUUUACCAUGAUGAAGCGACAAUACGACUUGAUUGACUUCAGUAUAUGUGUGCUUGGCUUGGUGGCUGAAGCAAUUGGGUUCUUGCUUGUGUACAUUGCACCUAGCACCAAUUUUUUCUUACUUGCAAUGGUGUUCAACAGUCUCAGUUCGUUUACAUCUCCCGCUCUCAACUCCACCAUUAUCAAGUUUUACCCCCGAAUCAAAAAUAUGGGGAGGUCUUUGGAGCGUUGGCUCUUGUCAAAAAACUUCUUUGCCCAUACUUUCUCCCUAUUGGAAUUCUCUCGGUUUAACAAGUUAUCGGGUAUCGAAGUGGCACAAGCCCUGGAAUCAUUUAUUUAA